AUGGCGGCUAUGUCCCCGUCUGAGAGAAGAUUACAAAAGGAACUUAUGUCCCUGAUGAAAGAACCUCCACCAGGAGUAACGGUAGACGGUGAUCAGGCCAGCCAAAAUCUUACGCUGUGGACAAUUCACAUGGAAGGUGUUCCUGGUACAUUAUAUGAAGGUGAAAAAUUUGAAUUGCAGUUCAAAUUUACAAAUAAAUAUCCUUUUGAUUCCCCUGAGGUAACGUUUAUAGGAAAUAACAUCCCGGUUCACCCUCACGUAUAUUCCAACGGACACAUCUGCCUAUCUAUACUCACGGACGAUUGGUCGCCCGCACUUUCCGUUCAAUCCGUCUGUUUGUCCAUCGUCUCUAUGCUUAGUAGCUGUAAAGAAAAGAAACGACCGCCGGAUAAUUCGUUUUACGUGAAAACCUGCAAUAAAAAUCCUAAGAAAACAAAAUGGUGGUAUCAUGGUAUGUAUGACCUUAUAAUUAUUAUUACCAAUGUUGAAUCAAUUAAUUGUUAA